AAAUACGGGUGCACGGCAAACAUAGAGGCAGUCGCAGAGCAAAAUGGUCGCAGUGAUUUUGAUGUUAUUUAUGUUGCAACUCGCGGUUACUUCGUCGGAGAGUUACAGGUGUAUACAAUUAGAGUGCCUUUUAUGGAUGAAAUGUGCAUUUGGAUUUGAAGUAGAUAGAUUCGGUUGUCCUAUUUGUGCCUGUAGACUCCCAUGCAGCAAAGCCGAUUUGAGUUGCUGUCGAGGUCACUAUUGCUUCGUAUCGCCCAAAAAUGACAGUAUACCCGUCUGUAAACCAUAUUGUCCACAGAGCCUCCCACUUUCGGGAGGAAAUGGCUUGCCUGUACAGUGUGUAACAACUAAGUGUCCAGAAAGAUUAUUCUGUCACAAUGUCACAGAUCUGAACUCAUCCGUCUGCUGUCACUAUCAAGACUAGCAAAAGGUUUGGGUUAUGAUGAUUUUUAGAUUUUUUAAUGUUCAAAGAUUAGGUAUCGUUCCAAAAAUUACUCCAAAGACCUUUGGAACCGGCUGCAUUACUCAAUGUAAUCAACUGAUGGUUAAAAAAUAAAUUCCACCAGUUAGUACCUACUAUUGAAACAAGCAGUCACUUUAUAAUUUGAAUUCUGUACGUUUUCAUUUAAGUACAUACAGGCGCCAAUGAACCGUAUUAGCUUUCAAUUUUUUUCAUAUAUAGACGGAAAAUUGGAAAAAUAAAACCCGCAUCUUUCAAUAAUCUGC